CAUCGCGGAAGUGGCGUCCGGAAACUUCGCAGUUGUUUUUGUGCGUUUUUCUCUCACUUUUCAGCCUUAAAUUCUCAGAAAAUGUAGAUCUCUCGCGGUAAAAACAUCAACUAGGUGGUAGAUGUAGUAUUGAUCUACCCUAGUCUGGAGAACAAUGAGGCAGCGAGGCUUGGAAGGUCGAUUUUUCCCCUAACUCAUCGGCCUGUGAAGAGCCAUCCCCAUGGAGUUGGAGGAUGCAGACUUCUCGGACACAGCGCUCCAUGAGGCUGUUCGGUACGGGGAUGUUCCGGGCGUGAAGAAAGCUCUGAAGGGCGGACUGGACCCAAACCAGAUCGGACUGUACCAGUGGAGCCCCCUGCACGAGGCAGCUUCUCUCGGGGAUGCAGAGGUCUUAAAACUCCUGCUGAAGUUCAAAGGUGACCCAAACACAGCAGACUGUCUCCAUGGCUGUACAGCUCUGCACUACGCUGCCAAGGAGGACCAUCCUGAAUGUCUUAAGGCUCUACUGACUGCAGGAGGACAGAUAGACCUGAAGAACCACCAUGGCGAGACAUGUGUGGACCUGGCCGAGGGGGAGUGUCGGAAGAUGCUAGAGGAACACAAGGACAAGCUGCGUGUCAAAGAUCUCCUGGCCAUGUCAACCAGCCAGGCUCGUCAGCACAUCAUUCAGGAACAACAGGAGGAACUGAACUCCAGGAACAGUAACCAUGGUGAUGGCAGAACAGGUGGUUCAGGAGAUUCUGGUAGCCAUGGUGAUGAUAGAACAGGUGGUUCUGAGACAGCUGACAUGGCCUGGGGGGAAAGGCAGGACAGACAGGACAGACCUGUCAGUCUGGAGGAGGAAGCAGUUGGUGGCUCCUUGCUUCUGUCGUUUGAGUACAACUCCAGGAAAGCUGUUCUAAAGGUGCGAGUUUGGGAGCUGCAGGACCUACUUCUUCCACCAGCUGACACAUCUAUGAUAGCUUCCAUACACGUCAGGAGCCUUCUUAUCCCAGACAAGAAAGGUCAAACCAAGAGGAAGACUGAAGACGUCAAAGUUGACCUCGAGGAACAUCAGCCCAAGGUCAAGUACGAGAUCAGGGGCAAGGGGGAGGGCACCAAGGUCACCUUCGUUCCCACUAAAUUCUCUUUCAAGAAAGGACUUGAGUAUGAGGAUGUUGAUAAAGAGAUGGUUGAGAGGAGGACAGUAAGGUUAGAAGUGUGUAUAAAACAGAGAUUCACGGGGAAGAGUUACAUGGUGGCCAGUCUGGAGUUGCCGCUGAAGGUUGCGGUCAAGAAACUCCUGAAGGAGAAGUUUCCUCUGAGGGUGCACAUCAAUCCCAGCAUGCCUCACAGCCUGCAGGCGUACACGCUACAGGACCUUGUUGUCAGUAAUCCGAGUGUCGUGACCGUCAGUAACCCCGAUCUCAGGUCAGCGUCGCUGACAAGGUUACUCGCAGACGACCCCACUCCAAGGGCACACAGUGAUGGCGACCUCCAACAGGUCAGCAGUCAAAGGUCAGGGAAUGUGCCCUCUAUAGUGAUCAACAUUCCGCAGGAGGAUUCGGAUACGUCGGACGCUCUGAGGCAAAUCAGAGUCAUGGAGCACACGGAUCGGGUUUCACACAUAAGCAGGAGUGAGUCCGACCUCCAGUUUACCGCCAACAUUCCGUCCGAUCAGGAUAUGUUGAGACAAGUUCUGAUUGGUAGAACAGCCAUGGCGAAAAGCUCGCCAAACAUUUCAUUAAACAUGGCCGAACCAGAGGAAGGAUUUGAGGUUGUUGAUGUACAAAUGCCAGGCUCGGUUACAGAGAGCAAAGUUGACAUCCCAAAGCCUAGCUCAAAAAGUAAACACCUGACAAGUAAAGGAAGAAAACAGGAGGAAAAGAAGUUGUCAAAAAGAAAAAGUGAAGUGGGGCCAGUGAUUUGUAUGGAAAGUCCAGUUUCAUCUACAAUUGUAGAAGUAGAGGAGAUACCAGAGGAAAAAGACUCGCCAAGGCACAGAAGUAGGCCAACAUCACCAAGACAGAAAGAAGAAACAGAUAAGGGCAGACGGCACAGAGAGGAAAAGAUUUCCAUUCCCCUUCCAGACAUUAUGAACAAGGGAGUGGAUUCUAAAGUAGAGAAAAGGGUUUCCAAAACUAAAGGAGGGAUUGAAGAUGAUUUAGAUGUUGACAAAAAGUCUAAGAAGAAAGUGCCAUUCUUAAAGAAGAAGGUGAGAGAGAAAAGACUUGAAGGGAUGGUGCUGGAGAACAGGCAGGCAGAUGAUCAGGGAGCUGGAGAGUCAGAAAUACAGGAAACAUCUUUUGUCUCACAGCGUGACAAAAGUCCUCGACCUGGCCACGCCGUCCGCCAGGGCGACGGAGAGAACAAAAGAACGACUAAAAUGGAUGAGAGGAAGAGAAGAGAACAGUUAGAACGAGUCAGGCCAAAGUCUCCCUUUGAGAAGGCUGGCGAACUCCUACCCACCAUCAAAACAAAGUCGAAGAGAAACAGGAGGGAAGCAGAGAGGUACAUCAUGAGUGAUGAAGAGGAUGACCUUUCACCUCCUGACCCCUCAGCAAUACCGGUCAAAGGUUGGAUGGGGGCAGAAAUCAAGACUGUCGAGCCAAGGGUCAAGAAGGGUCCCAGGUCAAAAUCAAGAGAGAGGGUGUUAGAUGGAUCCAAAAAGGAUGUCAUACAGGACACACCAAAAGGUGCCCUAAGACAAAAUCUUGUAGACCAGUACCGCUCACAAAUGAAGCACCUGGCAACACCUGAGUACAGAUUACAGCUGUUCCAGAGGACAGGGAACCAGCCGCAUCCAGCUACACCUGGCGUCCUUCAGCUGCAAGAGACUGACCUUAGCAUGUCCACUAUUGAGCAAAUGGACCCCUUCUUUGUGCCUGAAAGUCCCACCCAAUCACCGCUUGCCUUACAAACUCCGCACCCAAUGGACCAAUCAGGUGCCUUGUUGCAUUCGAAAAGGGACCAAUCACCAGCCAAGUUGAGAUCUUCUAGAAAACCAGAGAAGUCAGGGACAGAGAUGAAAUACUUCCCAGGUAAACAAUGUAAGGAGAAAAAACAGUUUUUCCAAGACUUUGACCUGGAAACAAGCGAGGUUUAG